UCCCCCGUAUACCUACAACUCUAUAGUGCAUCUACCUCCUGCCUCCCCGUUUUAUUCCGCGAAUUCUACUUUACACCUCUUCCUAAACAAUCAAAAAACUUUCUCCGGAACGCGUAGUUUUGUAGCCUUGAAAGCUUUAGAUUUCAAAAGAUCGCUUCGAAACUCGAAGCGGGGGGACGACGGGGCGAAGUCGUUUUGUUUUUAUUUCUUCGACGAAAAAAAUAACGCCGCCCUGCAGCGUCCUAAACAUGCGCCACGCAGCUACGCGGGCCCGGCCGGGUGUGUGCGGGAUUCACUUUCAUUUGCGACAUCCCAUCCCGAAGGUCACCGCGCGGCAGCGGAUCCUGACCGUGUUCUAGGAAAUGCCCGGCCGCGGGUUUCCGCAGGUCAAGCACGAACCGGCCUCUGAAGACGACGACUCGCAGUACGCACACGGCUACCUCACCAAUCAGAUACUACCGUCGCUGGAACUCCAUCCGGUGAAGAUCGAGGUCGAUAUAGACGAUAAUGCGUCUGCGCACAUAUUACGACACUUACAGGGUUCGGAGAGCCUGGAGGAGCUAGCGCCGCCGGCGCCGGCGGGCCCCGCCGCCACGCCGGUCGCCGUCAAGCAAGAGCCUGCCGAGCCCGCAGUCAUACUUGAGACCCUCGCGCCGGCGCCGCACUCGGAUACGCUGGGUUCCAUGCUCAUCGACAGACAUAAAACGCUGCCCGGCGCGAACGAUUCCGACUCCAUGGAUUUCAUGCCUCUCCUUUCUGUUAAAGACGAGCCUCUCUCUGAAGGAGAGCAACACCACUUGAGUGGGUCGGACACAAGUGACUCCAGCACGCAGCCUGAACCUCCUCGCGGCAGCCCCAAAAACUGGACGCAGCAAGACAUGGAACUGGCUCUCGAGGCCUUGCGGACGCACAACAUGAGCCUAACUAAGGCAUCAGCCACAUACGGAAUCCCAUCAACAACGCUGUGGCAGCGCGCGCAUCGGCUCGGCAUUGACACGCCGAAGAAAGAGGGCGCGUCCAAAUCGUGGAGCGAAGAGGACCUUCGAGGCGCGUUGCAUGCGCUUCGGUCCGGGGCUAUUUCUGCUAAUAAGGCUAGCAAGGCUUAUGGCAUUCCUAGCAGCACUCUCUACAAGAUCGCUCGACGCGAGGGCAUUCGCCUCGCGGCUCCAUUCAACGCGGCGCCCACAGCUUGGCGGAGAGCUGACUUGGAACGGGCGUUGGCAUCCAUCCGCUGUGGUGCGGCCUCGGUACAGCGAGCAGCUUCGCAGUUUGGCAUACCUACAGGCACGCUGUACGGUAGGUGCAAGCGGGAAGGAAUCGAGCUGUCGCGGUCUAACCCUACGCCCUGGUCCGAAGACGCAAUGGGAGAGGCUUUGGAAGCUGUUAGGGUGGGACAAAUGUCAAUAAACCAAGCAGCGAUCCACUAUAAUCUGCCUUAUUCGUCACUAUACGGACGGUUCAAGAGGUGCAAAUAUCAAAGUCCUCAAGCAAUGCCCCAGCAGAACAUGCCAGAGAUGGAGAUGGAACACCAACAGCCUCAAAUGUACUACCAUCACCAAGUGCAUAUGCCCGAGGAGUAUCAUCAGAGCUACAUGGCGGAAACGGAAGCCAUGCAUGCCCCUGUCAUUCAAGAACCUUAUAGCAUGUAUUAUCAAGGUUGCAGCAGCAGUAUCGCGACGAGUUGAGGGUACAACGCCUCAGGAAGCGAAGGCCCAUGACAUUGCGCUUUCUGAGGGACGUAGUAGUAAGUACGUACAGUCAUUCCAAGACACUUUAAGAAGAUUUGAGGCCCCCAGACAAAAUGAGGGUAUUCUUAUACUUAGCGUAGGUACAAGCUUCUACAAUGUUGAGUCGGUAAGACUACGGGAGACGCUUUGUUAACAUUGACAGUUGGUUGGUUGUUUCUCUAUGUUGCGGUUUGCGAUGUAGUGCAGUCCAUUCCAUAACUAUUAUUUAAACUCAUGGCUACCGAAGACACAUCAUAAAUUCUUAAAUUAAGCCGACAUUCAACUUUUUAAAUUAUCGAUAAAGUCUGUUUAUAUCAAAGGCAUGUCUGCGGUGACCUUAAUACAGUAUUUCCAUUUUAAUAUAUUAUUGAAUAAUGAAUUCAUUACAAUAAUCAGCCUGAACGAGUACAUGAUAGUCGUAGUGUAAGUAAUUUUAAUAAGGUGUAAAAUAAUGAUUACAAAUCAUUUUGUGAAACGAAAUACGUAAACAAUGGCAAUUUGAUUAAUAAGUAAUUUGUGUCGGAUAACAAAUUUAGCUAGCGUAUUUUUAUAAAAAAUAUUUUUUCGAUUAGUCUACAUAAUAAGUAGGUCAUGGAAAAAAAUCUAAGCAUGGAUUUAAAGCCUGACCCUGACCAGAAAUUUAUGACUACGCGCCAUGUUGCGGAAUUUCAUUAGAACUAUUUUCUUCAUACUAAACUGAACUGUCACUCCAUACAUCAGAAUAACAGCGCCCUCCUGACAAUAGUUAUAUAUUUUUGGUCAGGCUUUAUACUAUAGAUCCUUGUACUGGUAUGCAUGGACGGGUUCUUUAAUGACACAUACCUACGUCGAAGACAUAUGUGUACCUAUAUCGGAAAACGGUCGAAUAGAACUGAUUCGUUCUAAAGUAAGAGGACACCAGUGUGCAACUAUCUAUUCUCCAUAAGGUUAGGGCUCUGUGCUGGCUACUUUUGUUGUUUUAAGACUUUUAAGCCAAUAUUCCAUGUGAUAAAGGGAGUAAGUCUACACGAAGCAAUGGUCUUCCAACUUAAUAAUACCGAUCUGAGCUUGUUGGUCUGUCGACCGGUAUCUAAGGAUCUUUAUAGCCUCGUAAGGCCCACCAUAGCUAAUUUUCCCAUUUUGAAUUUGAACCUUAUUCUAUAAAUAAAUUGGUAAGAUUUUCGUUUGUUUCAAAAAUCAAUGUAACAAUUGAAAUUAUACUUUAUUCAGUUCAUGGAAGGUUCAAAUUAGAUUGCAACACUAUGUACAUUGUAAUGUACAUUGGGCCUUACGAGGCUGUAACUCACCUUUAUAAUUUGUCAACUAAUGACGUAAAUGGUUACAAUCAUUAUGGACUUCCAGCAUAUAGCAAUAUUAUAUUUGUAAUUAACGCAUUUUCAUUCCCAAUAUAUUUUUAUAAUCUAAUCUUAUUGUUAAGCUUCGAAUAAACUUCCGAACCGUUAGCUAUGAUGUAAAUUAGGUAGUUUAAGUAAUUCUAAUUAGAAUAAUAAUAACAUAGAGAGUGAUCGAUGUCUAGUCACCAAAACUAAGCUAAAGCAAUGUUGUAUCGUUACUCUUUUUCUCUCAAGUAUCGGAUCGGUUGCACCAAACCGUCCGUCACUGAAUUUAGCAUUCGCAUAAUUUGUUGCAUGGGAAUUUCCAUAUACUUCUGCUGCGCGACGUGUCUGCUAACUGUGGUUGAUGCAACUGGCCAAUAAGUCGGCCAAUUUUCUAUGUUUAUUAUUCUAAGGAAUUUUAGGUUAGCGGGAUCUUUCAGAGAAUGAUAAUGGUUAGUGAUAUUCCUGUUUUCCAGUUAUUGUUAUUAUUGAUUUUGUAGAUUCUUAGCGAAGUAGACUGCUAGAAUAGUACAACUGCCAUUAAUAUACGUAAUUUACCUAUAUAAUAUUAUAGUGAUAAGGGUAUUUAAGGGCAUGUAUCAAAUUAAACCUUGUAAAAAUGUUACAAUAUACCUAACUGCACUCAUGUUAACAAAACUUGAAUCAGAUAAAUUUAAAUAAAUAUCUGCAAUAAUCCUUUGAUUCAACUUUUGUUGACAAAAUUGUAGUUAAAAUUAUAACAUUAUACAUUUUUCUUUUAUUGCUUUAGUCACCUAAAAAUACAAUGUAAGGGCCCAUUUAGACGGUACGAGAACUCGCAUACGAGUAACACAUUGCGGUAUUUGAUGGCUGUGCAAAAUUGUAUGUAACCUCAACAGCCCGCAAUGUAACUAAAAUCGCCGUCUAAAUCAGGCCUAAGCGUAAAAAAUAAGCAAGGAGACGAGACAAAAAUCCCUUGCGUCCAUGUGAUUAUUGAAUUUCGUCUUGUACUGUGUUUGAAGUAAAUACGUAAUGAUGUGAUAUUUAUAGUAACCUAGUAUGUCCAACAGUAUUAUUAGUUACUUCGAAUUUUAGUUUUAAUUAUCUUGUUGACAUUAUUGAUUAUGAUUGUUAUUGCAGCACAGUCUCAUGCAAUAUGUAAGUAUUAUUGUAAGAUGUCACAGAACAUUAUGUUAGUCUCAAUCAAAAGUAUAGAUGGCGCUACGUGAUGUUUGACAUUAGCGCCAUCUAGCGAAUUUGAAGUAAUUGUUCACCGUAUGGAAAUACCGUAUG